GCCGCGCCGCUGCUCGUGGGCCGCGAUGAUUGGCCUGAAGACCAGCAUGGCAAUAUUUCCUACACAGGUGUCCGUGUCAAGGCACUGAGAGUGUAUGUAAAUACAAUUAAGUGAAACUCGUCACUGACGAGUGUACAGCGACGUCAAACAAACCCCUCAAAGAAACUUUAGUCCACACAGGUUGAGUUGUAAUUGGAUUGGGUAAAUUCGACUGGUUUGAUGAGAGCAGACCAUCACUAAAGGCCUGUAUCUGAGGUGAGAUGAAAGAUGCCGCAGAUCGCGGCCACCACAGUGCUGCAGCUUGCGCUGCUCCUCUCUGCCCUUCCCGCCCAGUAUUUGAUCUCGCGCUGGAGCGGGUCGACGGUGGCGCAGCGCUUCCACGCAAUCACGCGGUUGCGUGGGAUCUGGAGAGAAUGGAAGGCAUCAUACCUCAACAGCACGGCGUGGAGCGAAUCGGUGCACGAGCACAUGUCUAAAGUCAGGUCUCUGAUUGGUUUAGGGGAGGGAGGCCAGGUCUCACCAGAAUUAACUGAUCCUGAAUGGACGAUGUUGGACAAUGAUCAGGGCUAUUUUGGAGCUUCUAGGGCCGUGCGUAGCCCCCGCCCACUCUUCGUCUUCCUGCGGGUGGGCGAGGUGGUGAGGGAGAGGAAGGCUAACAUGGUCGGCGUGGUGAUAGGCUGGGAUGAUGAGCUCCGGGCCCCUGAGGAGUGGCUCAACAAAGUGUACUCCGACCAUGAGGAGGCCAAAGUACUGCAUACGCCCCACUACAAGGUUCUAUUCCAAGGCCCAGGAGCUAAGUCUGUCCUGAUUGCUUACCUCCCUCAAACACAGCUGGAGCGCAUCACUGAUGUGGAGCUGACGAUCCCCACAUUGGAUAAGUACUUCACCCACUUCAACGGCAAACAGUUCGUCAUGCAGAGCUGGCUCAGAGAGAUGUACCCCGACGACGAGAUCGAGGACGAAGAAGAGACAUGGCUCCAUUGAAGUGUGUUUCUUCCGGGCCUUGUCCAGGAACGUGAAGGUGACCGACACCCGCGACGACGCCCACGCCACAGUCCGACCGUGGGUGACAGAACGGGUGGCCUCCCCCUCUCUCUUGACCCCGUCCUCCCCCUCCUGUUCCUCAUCCCCGUCCUCUGGGCUCCUCCACUCGCGUGUCUCCUCCUCUCUGACCAGCAGGGGGGGCCCCAGAGUCUGCCCCAGCAGGUGGCUCAGGUCGCUGGCCUUGCGCUGGGCGUUUUCAACCGCCUCGAGACACACCCUGCAUCUACAGGACGCAGAGACACGCGGGAGGACUGUUACGGACAAGCAUGGGGUGGCUGGGAGUUGGAUAGGUGGGAUGGAGGGAUAAUGGAUUGACCUUUUUUUUGUGGAAUUACCAAACAUUCACUGCUUGUAACGUCAUUGUUGCAAAUCAAAGACAGCAUUGAUGUAUUUGUGCGUGUGUUACAGGAAGGACUUAGAGAUAGUGAUCACUUAUGUGUAUACACCUAACAACGAAAAUCCACAGUUGCAUAAUCACAGAGACUACGUCUAAUGACAAAACGGUCCAUUGAAAGAUGAUUUAGAAUGAGCAAAUAGUCAUAAUUCGUAACGAAGGAACAGCAACUGUUGGAUGUUUCAUUGAAUGUCAAAUUAUGAUAAAUACGACAAUAUACAGUG